CAAAGCUGUUCAGAUCAUUCAUUUCUUCAUCGUGAAUCGAGAUUUCUCUCGCUCUCUCUCGUUUUCGGGAUGGAAAGCUUGAUGAACAAGAUUCGUAAACUGGACGCUUAUCCGAAGAUCAGCGAAGAUUUUUACAGCCGUACACUGUCCGGAGGAUUCAUCACUAUUAUAUCCUCCAUUAUAAUGCUCUUGCUCUUCUUCUCCGAGCUUCGUUUGUAUGUACAUACUGUAACAGAGACAAAGCUUAUAGUAGAUACUUCAAGAGGAGAGCACUUACGAAUCAAUUUUGAUGUUACAUUUCCUGCACUUCCAUGUUCUGUUCUCAGUCUUGAUGCUAUGGACAUAAGUGGAGAGCAACACCUUGAUGUGAAACAUGAUAUAGUAAAGAAAAGAAUAGAUUACCAUGGCAAUGUGAUCGAUUCAAGACCAGAUGGGAUUGGAUCAUCUAAGAUUGAGAAGCCUUUACAGAGACAUGGUGGCAGACUCGAGCACAAUGAGACAUACUGUGGUUCCUGCUAUGGGGCAUUAGAUGACGAUUGUUGUAAUUCUUGUCAAGACGUGCGUGAAGCUUAUCGUAGUAAAGGCUGGGCUUUGUCUCAUCCAGAUCUAAUUGACCAGUGCAAACGAGAAGGUUUCUUCAAAAGGGUGAAAAAUGAAGAAGGUGAAGGAUGCAAUAUAUAUGGGUUCUUGGAAGUUAAUAAGGUGGCAGGAAAUUUUCACUUUGCACCCGGAAAAAGCUUUCAACUACCAUACUUCCAGAUACAUAAUCCAUUAGCGUCAUUUCAGUGGGAUACUUUUAAUAUAACCCACAGGAUUAACAGAUUAAAUUUUGGAGAUGACUUUCCAGGUUUUGUAAAUCCUCUUGAUGGUGCGCAAUGGAGUCAAGGAACGCUCAGUGGAAUGUUCCAAUAUUUUAUCAAGGUUGUGCCUACCGUUUACAAGGACGUGAAGGGAAAGGCUAUAAAGUCGAAUCAGUUCUCUGUAACCCAACACUUGAGGGGCAUAGACGGAGAAAGCUUCCAGGAUCUUCAUGGAGUUUUUUUCUUCUAUGACCUGUCUCCUAUAAAGGUGACAUUCACAGAGGAGCAUGUCUCAUUCUUUCACUUCUUAACAAAUGUUUGCGCUAUAGUUGGAGGAGUUUUUACUGUUUCGGGGAUAUUAGAUUCCAUUAUAUAUCAUGGUCAAAAGGCAAUCAAAAAGAAGAUGGAACUUGGAAAAUUUAUGUGAUCAUCGGUUCAAUUGAAGACAAUCGAUUCGUGAGAUAAACAUGCAGGAUGAGUCUUGCUGUCGUGGGUAUACUCUGCUGCUUUUGAUCUCAACUUUCCCGAUGACUCUCUUCGAUCAGUAGCUUAGUUAUCAUCUCUGCUCAUAUUACAUCUUAAAACCUCUUCUUUUUCUUCUUUUUCUUCCUUUUUUUCUAGUUUUUUCAGAUACUCAAUUUCUUAGUUCUCAAAUAGUAUGAAUAUCUCCGAAAAGUAAAUAGGUUAGAGGGGUCAUUAAUUUAUUCCCCGAUACCUUGUAUGAACUUGGAAGUAAACAGGUUUAUUAUCCGAGCUUUCUUUUUAGGCCAAAUGAAACAUUUCAGUAGAAUAAAUCAUCGGUAAAACCCUUUCGAUUC